UUUUUCUUCUUGCCUGUCCUCCAUGUCGGAUUGCAAUGAUUCUCUUCAGGUUGCAGAUGCAUAUGCUGAAUGGGGCCCUCCUGGCAUUGCUGUUUCCUGUUGUUAAUACACGUCUGCUUCCAUUUGAAAUGGAAAUUUAUUACAUCCAGCAUGUGAUGCUUUAUGUUGUGCCCAUCUAUCUGCUGCAGAAAGGAGGUAUCUACACUCCAGAACCACUCUGCAAUUUCUGGUGGGCUCUUUUAUCCACGGGGUUUAUGUUUGUAUAUCAUUUUAGCAUCUUGCAGAUUCUGGGAUUGGUUACAGAAGUGAAUUUGAACAACAUGUUGUGCCCAGCCAUCUCAGAUCCUUUUUAUGGGCCCUGGUAUCGAAUCUGGGCAUCUGGACAUCAGACUGUCAUGACCAUGACUCAUGGGAAGCUUGUAAUCCUACUGUUUCACAGUGCUGUCCCCACCUUCAAAUGUAGCGUGGACUUCCUUAGACUCCCAGCUAAGAAAAUAGACUGAAAUUUCUCCCUGUGGAGUAGUAUGUGCAGGAAGCAGAGAUACUUAUACUGGAAAACAAAGAGGAGGGAUGAGAGGACAAUGUGUUUAUACUUCUCCCCACAGUUUAUUGCCUCACAAACACCUCUCUAAUCAAGCGAGGUUUUUUUACCUACUUUUCCACACUGCCUAUUGCCAAUGGCAAAAUAGUGGCCUUAUUCUGGAAAAGGUUCAUGUUUUAUACAUUUUGUGUAGGUUGCAGCAGAAUCUUGCUAAUCCACCAUUUAAAAUUAGGCCAGGAUCUGUCCACAUUCCAGCAAAGAGAGUGGCAGUGCUACCUCGUUGUGACUUAUUUUCCAUUAAAUUUAAGCAUGCUUAUAUCAUAGGACAUGAACUAAAGCUGAA